AAUAGUUAAAUAUUGGUUGAACUGGGGCCAGUAUAAACAUAGCCAUUUGGCCAAGGAACAGGCUGGGCUCCCUGACUCCGUGCUUUUACAGUUUCCUAACAAAGCACAAGCUGUAAUGAUUUCCAGCACUCAUUGUGAUUCUUAUUGUGUAAAUGGUGGUGAGCGUUUCGGGGGGUGGUAGGAGUACAAAAGGUGACGGCUGAAUAUUCCAGGGAGACACUGGUUGGAGACAGCAGCGUCUGUAAGGUAAACAGGAUCUCCUCCUGAAGGUCGAGGGAGGUGCUUCUCAAGGCCCCCACAGACAAUACUCUGGGUAUUAUUAACGGAAAUGGCUAAGAAUAGAGAGGAGGGGAGCACGGUGGCUCCUCUGGCGAUCGUGUUGUUUGGGUUAAAGAGGCCAAAACGGAACAUCAUCUUUAGAAGAGUGACUUGCAUGUUGGGUGUGUCACACUUGGACAAAGCUUGAGAUUGAUUUGGAACUCUAUGUGGUGCAGAAAGUCAGUAGUAGUUGUGGAUCACUGCUUAUAUAUGGAGUUACUGCACUUUACAGUUUGGAUCUAUAAGCCAUGAUCCCCAUCACUGAACUCCGGUACUUUGUAGACACACAGCCGGCAUACCGCAUCCUGAAGCCAUGGUGGGACGUGUUUACCGACUACAUCUCCAUUGUUAUGCUUAUGAUUUCUGUGUUUGGAGGGACACUGCAGAUCACCCAGGACAAGAUGAUCUGCCUGCCCUGCAAAUGGGUGGUGAAUGAGACCUGCAAGAGGAACUUUAAUUCCACUCUGUCCACAUCAUUGUACCUGGAGCCCAAAGGGAUCCAGUACGACCUGGACCGCCACCAGUACAACUACGUGGAUGCUGUGUGCUAUGAGAAUAAGUUGCACUGGUUUGCUAAGUAUUUCCCUUACCUAGUAUUACUUCACACCCUUAUUUUCUUAGCAUGCAGCAACUUCUGGUUUAAGUUCCCACGGACUAGUUCCAAACUAGAGCACUUUGUAUCCAUUUUGCUGAAAUGCUUCGACUCCCCAUGGACAACUAGGGCGCUGUCAGAGACAGUGGUGGAAGAGAGUGACCCAAAACCAAUGAAAAUGAAUGGCUCAAUGGACCACAAGGGGUCUGUCAUCAGUGAAGAUGUUGAAGCAAGUGUUCCUAUGCUCCAAAGGACAAAGACACGCUUUGAGCAGGGCAUCGUAGAUCGGACAGAAACAGGGGUUUUGGACAAGAAAGAAGGUGAACAGGCAAAAGCCCUGUUUGAAAAAGUGAAGAAGUUUCGUAUACAUGUUGAAGAAGGAGACAUCGUGUACAGACUCUACAUCCGUCAGACUAUCAUCAAAGUCAUCAAGUUUAUCUUGAUAAUCUGUUACACGGGGUAUUACGUGCAUGAUAUUAAAUUCAGCGUUGACUGCUCGGUAAAUAUAGAGAGUCUAACAGGUUAUAGCGUGUACCAUUGUGCUCACCCACUGGCGACGCUGUUUAAAAUCUUGGCCUGUUUCUACAUCAGCUUGGUGGUGGUGUAUGGCUUGAUCUGCAUGUACACACUGUGCUGGAUGCUUCGACGCUCUCUGAAGAAAUAUUCUUUCGAGUCGAUACGGGAAGAGAGCAGCUACAGUGACAUACCUGAUGUGAAGAAUGACUUUGCCUUCAUGUUGCACAUGAUAGACCAGUAUGACCCUUUGUAUUCUAAACGCUUUGCUGUGUUUCUCUCGGAAGUAAGUGAGAACAAACUGAGGCAGCUCAACCUCAACAAUGAGUGGACACUUGACAAGCUCAGACAGAGGAUAACAAAAAACUCUCAGGAGAAGUUAGAAUUGCACCUUUUCAUGCUCAGCGGUAUUCCAGACACAGUGUUUGACCUGAUGGAGCUUGAGGUUCUUAAACUGGAGCUUAUCCCAGAUGUCACCAUUCCCCCGAUCAUCGCCCAGCUGGUCAACCUGCGAGAGAUGUGGCUUUAUCACACCCCAGCCAAAAUUGAAGCCCCAGCGCUGGCCUUCCUGCGUGAGAACUUAAAGUCUCUGCACAUUAAGUUCACUGACAUCAAAGAGAUUCCUUUGUGGAUCUACAGUUUAAAGAAUCUCAGUGAGCUUCAUCUAACAGGGAAUCUCAGUGCUGAGAACAACCGCUACAUUGUCAUCGAUGGUCUCCGGGAGCUCAAGAGGCUCAAAGUCCUCCGUCUGAAAAGCAAUCUCACCAAGCUACCUCAGGUGGUGACUGAUGUGGGCAUGCAUCUCCAGAAGCUUUCCAUCAAUAAUGAAGGCACCAAGCUGAUGGUGCUGAACAGCCUGAAGAAGAUGGUGAACCUGACUGAGCUGGAGCUCAUUCGCUGCGAUCUAGAACGUAUACCACACUCCAUCUUCAGUUUGCACAACUUGCAGGAGAUCGAUCUGAAGGACAACAACCUGAAAACCAUUGAGGAGAUCAUCAGCUUCCAGCACCUUCAUCGGCUGGUCUGCCUUAAACUCUGGUAUAACCAGAUUGCCUACAUACCCAUCCAGAUUGGUACGCUGACUAACCUGGAGAAGCUGUACCUGAACAGGAACAAGAUCGAAAAGAUACCCAGCCAGUUGUUUUUUUGCCGCAAAAUGCGCUUUCUGGACCUUAGCCAUAACAACCUGACCCAUAUCCCAACAGACAUAGGCUUCCUACAGAACCUUCAGUACCUGGCAGUGACGGCCAACAGGAUUGAGAGUCUUCCUAAUGAGCUGUUCCAGUGCAGAAAGCUCUGCACUUUGAAUUUGGGGAACAAUUGCCUGCAGUCUCUGCCAUCGCGGUUCGGAGAGCUGACCGGGUUGACACAACUAGAGCUGAGAGGCAACCGUUUGGAAUGUCUGCCCGUGGAGCUGGGCGAAUGCCGACAGCUGAAGAGGACCGGUCUCGUGGUGGAGGAGGACCUCUUUAACACCCUGCCCACGGAGGUCAAGGAACAGCUAUGGAAGCUUGACAAAGAACAAGCUUAAUCAGAAAAUAAGUAGCAACAGUAGGAAAGCCAAUUUGAACUGAGGGGCUCGCUGAAGCAACCGCUAAACCUGCUGCAGUCCAUCAGUAAGGUUGGGUAUCGCAUCUUCCCAAACAUCUCCUCAAGCAUAAAGAAACGAAUAUGACAGAAACAAAAGAUCAACAAUUGUGCCUCGUUCACAAUCACUGAAAACAGGAGUUUUACUAAAUUUACUAAAUAAAUAAAUACUGUGAUGAAUAAUGUACCCAAACAUCAACUUCAUACAGCACUUACAGCAUUUAGAGUAUGGAGGAAGCAGGGUUCCAAGCCUUACUGCCAGUGAGUGGUAAAACUGCUUGCUGCUUGAGCGUCACUCAAAAGCUUCGUGUGAAAUUACAACCAUCUUCGACAUAAAAAUAUUUAUUACUUAGUAUUUAUCUGUAGUCUGGGUGAAGCAGUUUCUUCAUUUAUUUUUUGUGUGUUUGUGAAGCAACAAUUCACAAACGUCCAAACAUAGAAAGAAAGUUAUUAAAGUUUGAAAGUUAUUAAAAACAAGCCACAUUUCACUUGAUAAAAAGUUAGAGAAUCGCAUUAAUUGAUUUGUUGGUGGUCAGAGGUUCAGGAUUCUUUUUUCUAACAGCUAUUUCAUUUCAGAUUAGUUGCCUUAACAUUUGUUAUUGUUAUUUUUUGUUGUAACACUUAUAAAGUUUGAGACAAAAGAACAAGCAUUUAAACCAAUUUUCAUGCAGAUAACUGUUUUAAAGCUGAACUAGAAAACGCACAGCUUUACUAAUUACGUCCAAGUGGCACCUCAUUAGCUUGGCCAGACAAAGGAUUCGAUGUUUGAGUCAUAAAAUGAAACCUUUUGAAUCGUGCCUCACCCACCCUGUAACAUCAUCCAGAGCAGGGGUGUCAAACUGCGGCCCUCGAGUGCCCGUGUCCCUGCUGGUUUUCCAGCUCUCUCUGCUGAUCACCUUGAACAUGUGUGGCAGUUGUCUCAUCCAGCUGCUGAUUGACUGAACACACCUGAUCAAGGUAAUCAGCAGGCUCUGGGGGAGGGAGAUCUGGAAAACCAGCAAGGGACUGGUUUGAGUUUGACACCCCUGAUCUAGAGUUACAUUACCAUUAUUACAUUGGAUCUUCUGCAGUGAAGCAUUGCUACUACUAUAAAAGAUCAAGACAUUUACUUUACUGGUAUUAUUGGUUAUAUAUAUAUGAAAAUUGUUACUUUCCGUUGUUAAAGGCCAACUAAUUGCUGUAAUUUAUUUCUCAGGUAUCAGUGUUUGCUCAUUGUAGAGAUACAAUGGAAAUAAAUAGGUAUUUGAAGUAACAGACAGCUCUCACGCAGCACAACGCACAUCAGGGAUUUUUAUGUCUACCCUGAGAAAACGCUCAUAACACAUCUGCAAAAAACAAAAACAAAACGUUUGUAGCAAUAUGCGUCAUAGCAACUAGCUUAAAAAGUGUAGUGUAAUUUUAGCAUUGUACAUUCAUUUCAAUAAUAUGUCAAACUAUGCUACGGUAUAUUGUGCAAUAUUGCCUUUAUUUAAACAAUGUAGACGUUGGUAGUGAUGUAAUCUUCUGAUGUGCAUGGGCAUUUGUUUGACACUAUUUUUAUUUUACUUAAACUACAGUUUUGAGGCAUUCGACUGUAGAUUAAAGAUCUAGAACAUGGACAAUAUUUUUUCACUACAACAUUUCUACAACACGUUUAAGAAAAUGGAAUUGUUACAACACUCUGUAUUACACACUGUAUACAAAUACACUGUAUACAAAUACAACACAGUAUAUUUUUUUUAUUUGUCAGACUGUGACAGGUCAACUAAGUGACUACCAGCCAGGUUAUUACAGUACUAUAAAAUCAAUAUCUUUAGAACUACUGUACUUUUAUACAUUUCACAUCCACAGCACCUCCGUGACAUGCUAUUAUUAAGACAAUCAACAUCCAAUUACAUCCAAUACCAGAUGAUAAAAUGUGAAGUGAUGCUGAGCACUGCAAUAACUUGCCACGUUUAACACGUUUUGUGCAGGUUGUUGGUAAAAUGGCAUCACUAAGCAGAUUUUGUGUCAUAGUCAGUGUCCUUGUUUUGUCUAUAUUCCCUUUUUUAUUUUAACUGCUGUCAGUAUUAUUACAUAACUACAUUUCUCAGGAAACCAGACAGUACGGCCAUGUUUUAAGUUGUUUGCCUGUUUUUUUAUUACAACUGUUCUCUAUUUUAUUAAUUUAAACCGUUAAGAUACUAUUUUAUAAGCAUUUUCUUUUUUCUAGUUUAUUAGUGCUGAUUUAGAUUGAAACCUGUUUUUGUUUUGUAAAAAAAACUCCUGCUACUUCUUUUGUCAGUGACUAUUAAUCUGUAUCACGUCAGAGUUGUUUUCUUCAUUGUGAUUGGAACAAAUGAAGUGUGAUCUCUUUUCAGGAUGAGACUGGUACAAAGUAAUUUUAGAUCUUACCAACUCAAUUCCAGUUACAACUGAUUUGUUUGCUAUGUAUUUUUCAUUAAAAAAAUGUUCUCUUCAGCACUAAUGUGACGAAUGAUGCGCCAGUGAAGGAAUAUCAGUUUAAACGUGUGGCUCAUUUUCUCUUUUACACCAUCCAUCUAUGUAAAAUAAAAUAAACCUUGUUAACAAAA